AUGUCUACUGCUGUUUACUACAAUCACAACAUGCACGGUGACGAAUCAACUAGACACACGUUGCCCUCCCUUUCCCAAAUCAUGCCACCUGUUCAACACCAACACCAACACCAACAUGGAGCAGGUGCAGGUGCAGGUGCAGGUGCAGGUGCAGGUGCAGGACAAGUGUCUUCAAAUGAAGCUGCUUUGACUUCCUCCACCACAACUUCGCCAAGUUUGAAUGGAUACUCCAGUAGCGGGUUCUUGUACCAACAACAACAACCUCAACAACCACACUCGAGUGCUGCUGGCUCAAGUGGUUCAACUGUUCAGUCACACCUGGGGUAUAUGCUGGAUCCAUAUUCCAUGGGUUCUACUGCACACACCACACCAACCUCAAACUAUACCGGUUACGAACAAGCACAUAGCAACAACAAUAAUAGUAACAAUAACAGUAACAAUAACAGUAACAGUAAAAUUACAUCCAGUGCUACCAAAAGUUCUUUAUCUAGUUCGCCAAAGGAAGCUGUUUGUAUCUGCAAAACCAACCCAAACAAGAUUCCACGUCCAAGAAAUGCCUUCAUCUUGUUUAGACAAAAGUACCACCAAAUUGUUUUGGAUGAAGGCACUGUGAUUAGAACCAACCCAGAAGUGUCGCGCGAGCUCGGUAGAAGAUGGAGAUCACUUAAGCCCGAGGAAAAAGAAUACUGGAACAAACUUGCCGAGGAUGAAAAAACUAACCAUGCCAAGAAGUACCCAAACUACAAGUACCAGCCCAAACGUAAUGGUAAAGACAAAAACUGUUUGGUGUGCAAGGACAAACCCACUCAAACGUUAGACUUUAAGAAGAACGACAAGGAUGCUUCUGCUUCUGCUGCUGCUGCUGCAAAAAUGAGACAAUACCUGGAUGUAUCUGCUCACUCAUAUCUCAAUGGAACUAGUGCCGCUGCUGCUAAUGUUGGUGCGCCACUCCAAUAUGACCAAUUGCAACGUCACCACUCUGAGGCUAUGCUCAUUACCCCACACCAGCAAAUGCAAACUGACCAAUACAAUAUCUACAAGCAACAACAACAACAACAACAGCAACAGCAGCAACAACAACAGCAACAAUACCAGCAAUCUAUUCAAGCUCAACAACAGGCGGCAUUGCAGGCAGCUGCAAAUAACGGGUACCUGGGUUACAUUAUUACAAAUCCAUACAUUAUUCCCUCUAGUUCUUCAACUACCCUGCUUGUGCUGACAUCAGCCAACUCCAUGGCCAGUUUGCCCAUGCCUUCUGCUACAACAGCAGGACAAUCAAGUGCUGCUGCGUACUAUGACAAUAGUGACAAGUUGUCGCCAUUAGCACAUCCAUUAGCACAAACUGGCGGUGUCAGCGGCUACACUACUUCAUUACAACCAAUUCAGCAACUGCAACCUUUGCUUCUGCAACAGCAACAACAACAACAGCUGCUGUUGCAACCGGUGGCUAUUGCAAAUGGCGCAGAGUUAAAUUAUGGCGGUGUCACUGGUGGUGCUGCCACAGGAGGUGCUGGCUACGACUCUUUUGCUCAACAACAUUAG